AUGGUAAAGUCCGCUGCAGGGGUGAGGUGUGUGUGUGUUUAUGGUAAAGUCCGCUGCAGGGGUGAGGUGUGUGUGUUUGUGGUAAAGUCCGCUGCAGGGGUGAGGGGUGAGGUGUGUGUGUGUUUGUGUGUGUGUGGUAAAGUCCGCUGCAGGGGUGAGGUGUGUGUGUGUGUGUUUGUGGUAAAGUCCGCUGCAGGGGUGAGGUGUGUGUGUGUUUGUGGUAAAGUCCGCUGCAGGGGUGAGGUGUGUGUGUGUGGUAAAGUCCGCUGCAGGGACUCCAUCAGUCCGUGCGUGGGACUAUCAGUCCCACGCACGUAUCUGAGGACCAGAGGAGCCGGACCCUCCGGAGCAGAGGAGCCGGACCCUCCAGGAGCAGAGGAGCCGGACCCUCCAGGAGCAGAGGAGCCGGACCCUCCAGGAGCAGAGGAGCUGGACCCUCAGGACCAGAGGAGCCGGACCCUCCAUGUCCGCUGUGUGAGCUCAGAGGCCGGACAGGUCGCUCUCAUCACCGCGGUUCAGGAGUGUUCCUCUCGACCCGUCCGUGUGACUGAGAUCCUCUAUCUCUAA